AUGAAUUCUCUUAUUUCACUACUUAUCUUAGUUUUCACUUUCUUCUCCUUCAACCCUUUCUCAUUAGCCUCAAAAUCCACUUACAAUGACCAAUGUGCUUCUAUAAUCCCAGAAACAUAUGGAACAACCAAACUCAAAUUCAAUUCUUUCCCCUUAAGUGAUAAGAACACAGGUUACUACGUAGGAGGUGAUAGUAUCAUCAAUGUUGAUACUACUUGGAACCAAUUCUCCUUAUAUUUUCCACCAAGAAAUACACAUGCAACUUCACACCCUCAUCUUUUCAAAGUUGAAGGCACUAUAUCAUUUAGAACCACCUAUGAUGAUCAUAGAGGUUACUUAACUUUCAAGCUUGAUGGUUUCUGGUCUCAAUCUUCAGGGAAUGUUUGCAUGAUUGGAAAAAGCAAAGGUGUUUCUAAAAAAGGUGAUUCUCUUAAUCUUGAAGCUGUCUUUAAGCUUAACAAUGUUUUCAAUUCAAGUAAUGUCACUAGUUUGGUUAGUGGAAGCUUAGAGAGUUUGAGUUCUGAAAAGGGUGACGAUGAUCGUUACUUUGAACCAAUUUCUUUAAUGAUGUUUCCAAAAGCAAAUUAUAGUUAUAGUUUGGAUACUAAAGAAGUUGAAAAUGAUUUCUUUUUUGAUAGUGAUGACGAUGAGGAAAGUUUAUCAUUGAACUUUGAUUCAUUGAGUUUUUGUUCAUAUCCUCUCUCAAGUGCUAUUACAACACUCCAACUAGAAUACACUCAUGAGUGUAGCUCUUCAAAGAAUUGCACUCCUAUAGUUAGUGGUUCUAGUGAUCAAUUGCCAUCACACAUGUCUUUGAAAGGAAUUGAGUGCUCUUCCCAUAUUAAGAAACAUAGGGUUAGGGUUUUGGUUGAAUUUUCAAAUAGUGUUGAUUACUAUUGGAAUAAGAAUAACCAAAGCUUGAAUACCAAAACUAUGUUAAUAGGGGAAGGAUGGUGGGAUGAGAAGAAAAAUAUGCUUUAUGUAGUUCUUUGCCAUUUCAUUGGUGGAAGAAAAUCUUCAUCCUUGAAUGAAACUCAUGUUGGUGAUUGUUCAAUAAGAUUGAGAUUGAGAUUCCCUUCAAUUUGGUCAAUCAAUAAAACUAGUAGCAUUGUUGGCCAAAUUUGGAGCAACAAGAGUGCUAGUGAGCCAAACUACUUCAAGAUGAUAACAUUUUGGAAUGAUCAUAAUUAUCGUAUCGGGGGGAAAGACUUGAAGUAUGAGUAUAGCAAGCUUGAUAGAGUUAAGCAAUCAUGUUUAACAGACAAGGUUGUCGCGAUUCAAGGAAAAAGGUAUCCAGAUGCAUAUUCAUAUGACAUGAAACUCCAUAUGUCAAUUAGAGAGUCCAAAAAAAGAGUAGCUUGGGGUUCUUCUUCUCCCUUAUUUGUUGAUGAUGAUUCCUAUGAGUCAGAUCUAUCUACAUUAAGUAGUGGAUUUGAUUAUGGAAUCUUGAACAACAAUAAUGGUAGCUUGUUUAACAUUAGCUACAGGAUUAGGCUCUACAUGAUGUCUUCUCCGCCAUUUGAAAAGAAUUCCUUGUUUAACAUGUCUUACUCUUCGGUGAAGAUUUCUGCAGAAGGAAUUUAUGACUCAAGAAAUGGAACCUUAUGUAUGGUAGGUUGCCGCAACCUUGAUUCAAACCAUGGAACACCAACAUCACAUUCUUUGGACUGUGAGAUUUUGAUGAAAUUUCAAUUCCCUCCUUUAGAUACAAUUGAUAGGAGCUACAUUAAGGGAAGCAUUGAAAGCACACGCCACAAAUCCGACCCUCUUUACUUCAAAAGUUUAGAGGUAUCUGCAAGAUCAUAUAACAUCAGAGUAGCAAGAAGAAAUGCUUGGAGAAUGGAUAUUGAAGUCAUCAUGACUCUGAUAUCUACCACUCUAGCAUGUGUUUUCGUCGGAUUGCAACUCUACCAUGUGAAGAAACACCCGAAUGUGCUUCCUUUCAUCUCAAUUUUCAUGAUGUCAAUUCUCACAUUAGGUCACAUGAUACCACUUGUUCUCAAUUUUGAAGCACUUCUUGCUCAAAAUCAAAAGAACAAAUCCUAUAUUAUAGGAUAUGUUGAAAAAUGGCUUGAAGUUAAUGAAAUAAGUGUGAGGCUAAUCACAAUGGUAGCUUUCUUGUUGCAAUUCCGUCUUCUGUAUCUAACUUGGAGUUCAAGAAAGACUAACGAAAGCGAGAACCACCUCUGGAUUGCUGAGAAAAAGGCUUCUUAUGUGACUUUCCCCUUGUAUGCAGCUGGAUUACUGAUUGCAUUGUUGUUGAAGUUAAAGAACGAUAGAAACUCGAUUACAUCGAUGUACCGCCAACAUGUUUCGUCUUGGGAGAACAUAAAAUCUUACGGUGGUUUCAUAUUAGAUGGAUUUCUUGUGCCGCAAGUCAUUCUAAACUUGUUUUCAAAUACAAAGGAAAAUGCUCUUUCAAAUCCAUUUUACUUUGGAACUACUUUUGUGAGACUCUUGCCACAUGCUUAUGAUCUUUACAGGACUCGCAGUUACGAUGACCAAGAUAGUAACUCAUACUUUUAUGCGGAUCCAAGCGAAGACUUUUACUCAACUUCUUGGGAUAUUUUCAUUCCAUUGCUAUGUAUUGUAUUAUCUAUCAUUAUCUACUUGCAGCAGCAUUUUGGUGCUCAAUAUUUUCUGCCUCGUAGAUUCAAAGGAUCAAAGGGAUAUGCAAAGGUGCCUAAAUCAGAAGGAGAAGUAGAAACAACCAACAUGUAA